CCCGCCAUUUUGUCAAGCAGGUCUUGUCAAUGCUGAAGUUUGUGUUUGUACAGUUGAUUUCUGACUUUUUUACGGUGUAAAAAAAGCUGUUUUCCUUUCAAAUGAACCAGGCAGACAAAGGAGAGGAAGGAAACAGAGAGGAGUGGAUGACAAAGUUAACAGACAUGCGAUUUCAGCGAGCAGAUAUGAAUCGUUUGAUUAUGGACUACCUUGUAACCGAGGGCUUCAAAGAAGCUGCAGAGAAAUUCAAAAUGGAAUCUGGCACACAGCCCUGUGUUCCACUGGAAAAUCUGGACGAAAGGAUAAAAAUCAGAGCUGCAGUUCAGCGCGGAGACAUCGAAGAGGCAAUUGCGCUCACGAACAAACUAAACCCGGAAAUACUUGACUGUAAGCCACACUUGUAUUUUCAUUUGCAGCAGCAACGCCUGAUCGAGUUAAUUCGCGAUAAAGACAUCGAAUCAGCUGUUGACUUUGCCCAGAAUCAGCUCGCCGAUCAGGGCAAUGAAUCGCCUGAGUUUCUGGAAGAAUUAGAGCGCACUAUGGCGCUUUUGGCGUUCGAUAACCCAGAGGAUUCGCCAGUUGGCGAACUGCUUUGCCCUUCUCAGAGACAAAAGGUUGCUAGUGAAUUGAACGCUGCCAUUCUAGAGGCGGAACAUAAAGAAACCUCACCCAAGCUGUCUAAUUUACUAAAACUGCUGCUGUGGGCCCAAACUGAGUUGGAUGCUAAGAAAGCUAAGUUCCCCAAAAUGGUGGACCCUGGCAGUGGACUUUUUGAUGGCAGCCGAUAGAUCUGGCAAGCUUUGACUUAGUUACUCCGUGUAUGUACGUGAGACAGACCUCGUGACAAAGGUUUAACAUCUGCCAAUAAGCCUCAACCUCCCUAGGUACUUGGGUGACUUCUUUUGUGCUCAAACUUCUUGCAUGAGUCACAUAGUGUCUUUGUGUGGUGACAGACAGAUCUAAUUUGAACAUGGUAAUUGAUGGUGAUUUUUUUUUUUGCAAAAUUUGGUAAAUUUUUGCAGCAAUGAUUCACCUUUUCUUUUUGAACAUAACUUUUUUGUGCAUGUAUUAAUGUUUUGAUCUUAGUUUGUGAAAUAGAUAAAAAUGAAGAUUUGCUUAAUUAAUAUAAAGAGCUAUGUAAACUGCAAUCAGUCUCUUUCAUCCUCGUUCUUCCCGUGUUGCACAUUGUAAAUCCUGGAAUUAGUGCCGCAUGGUGCUUAUUUUCAGUUAAGGAUGGGGUGGAGGGCACUUUGUCAAGAGCCCUGCCCUGUUGAAAGGAAAAACGAAAACUGAGAAUGGCAUGAACAGCUCAACUUUAUUUUGUUUCUGUAACAUUGGAAGUUGUUUUGCAUUAAUGUGGGCAUUUACGCCUCAGAAUUUUAGCUGAUACAGUUUAGGUACCCUAUCUAAGGGUCACACAAUGCUAACACACCUGUCACGGGCAUUAACAAUACCGUAUUCAAGGAUUGGGAACCGUAAUACACCACCCGCUCAGUGACACAUACCUACAGUAUAUAGUGAAUAUGUAGGAGUACCUCACUGGGGUCAAGAGGAGGUGUUCA